ACACACACACACUCCGACCCAGACAGCCCACUCCACUUUCCAGACGCCCACCUCCUCCAUCCUCUCCUCCCCUAAAGAGACAUUCACCCACUCACCAUCUGUAGCCUCCUUCCGUCCCCUGCCCCGCCCGCCCGCCAGCUAGCCCACCAGCUCCCCCUCCCCAACAAGCAGACCUGCACAGUGGGAGGCAGGGACCCCCGCCAGACGCUCGGGCCGCGCGCGCCGCACUGACCUCCGCCCGCCCUGCCGGGAGUCUAACAAAGGCGGGCGCGAGCCCCAAGCCCGGAGCCCGAGAGCGGCGAGCGGCGGCCGCAGGGCCGGGAGUGCCUGGCCGGGCUGCUCCAGAGUCAGGAAGCAGAGGCGUUAGAAAACGAGGAUCUGUCGCUGCUGGGACGCCGCCGGCACCAUGGGCUGCUGCACCGGUCGCUGCUCGCUCAUCUGCCUCUGCGCGCUGCAGCUGCUCUCAGCAUUAGAGAGGCAGAUCUUUGACUUUCUUGGCUUCCAAUGGGCUCCUAUUCUUGGAAAUUUUCUACAUAUAAUAGUUGUCAUAUUGGGUUUGUUUGGAACCAUUCAAUACAGACCUCGUUACAUCAUGGUGUAUACAGUGUGGACUGCCCUCUGGGUCACCUGGAAUGUGUUCAUCAUCUGCUUUUAUUUGGAAGUAGGUGGCCUCUCAAAGGAUACAGAUCUGAUGACAUUCAAUAUCUCUGUGCAUCGGUCAUGGUGGAGGGAACAUGGGCCUGGCUGUGAGCGAAGAGUGCUGCCUCCAUCAGCCCAUGGCAUGAUGGACGAUUACACCUAUGUCUCUGUCACAGGCUGUGUCAUCAAUUUCCAGUACCUAGAGGUCAUCCACAGUGCUGUCCAAAUACUGCUUUCUUUGGUUGGGUUUGUGUAUGCCUGUUAUGUGAUCAGUAUUUCAAUGGAGGAAGAAGACACCUUUGAUUUCAUAGGUGGACUUGAUACACACUCCUACUACCAGGAUCAUGUUGAGUUAAAGCCUGUUAAACCUCACUACUGCACUACCCUCCUGGAGUCCAUGCCUGGAAAACUGGCUCCAGAAUUCCUGCUGUCCAAAGCGCUUGGUUCUCCUGUGCAUCCAGCCGUUGCCAUGGCUCUGGGUAGCCCAGUGACAGCAAGCAAGCCUUAG